AUGGAGGACAGUGUUCUCUCGUGCACCCGCCUGGAUAGAUCGGCUCUAAAGUCGCAACGACUGCGAAACCCGUUUUUACUGAAGAUUGACCCGAGGUCGCUGGGAAGCGCUGACAACUACGAGAAUGGCAUCGAGUUAAAUGUUGUUUGCGAGUGUUCCUUUUGGAUGUUUUCAUUCUGGGCGGUCAACAUUAACAACUUUCACCAAAAGUUAGCCUUAGGCUGGGAUGAGCUGAAAAAUCAGUUGAUUGAUGGCAAGUUUAUUGAAAAUUCGGCCUUGUUCUCAAACGAUCCUGAACUGUACAAGGACGAAUACAACAAGAUCACCCACAAGAUUCCAAGUCCGAAGGAUCUAGAUCGUAGCUUGUUUGGAGCAAACAAUCGAGAUCGAUAUCCGCUGGUUGUUAUGCUCGCCUUGAAUGAUAAAGAAAUUGAAGAUCAAGUGGAAAUUAACGAUAUUGUUCUUCUAGUGUCGAUUAUUCAUUUGAAAGACAACGUCAUUCCUUUGGAGACGUCCAUCAUUGCUCAGUACAUUAAGCGCAAAUCAGGCGUAGUACUGAACCUGCAGGACUUGUACAUUUCAAUUGACAACGGCGACAACUUGCCGUACUGUGUCAUUUGUCAAGAAGAGUACAUCACCCGAGCUUUGCUGCCCUGUCGCCAUGCCUGUGUUUGCUCUGAAUGCUUUCAGCGCAUCGAUCUCUGUCCACUGUGUCGUUCAAGCAUUCAGAACUUUAUUCCCUUCAAUCAGCCGAACUCCACUCAAGCGACAAACCAGCAGAACAACUCCGAAACAGCUGUCGAAGAAUCGGCGCCUGGUGGGAACAAUUCAGAGAACAAGGGAUUCUUUUCUCGAGUGGCAAAUUUGUUUAAAUUUUAA